AAUGGGGAUAGAUACCAUUGGAUAUGAGACUCUAUCCUAAAUAUGCCUAACCAAAUAAUGGAAUGAAUGUCGUUCCAUUAAAAAUACCCUAACUAAACACCCCCUAAAAUAAGGCCAAAAAAAAUAUGCCCAAAACCCGCUCAAAAUCGAGCCAAUCCGGGCUAAUCUUGAUCACCUCUAGUCUUGUAUCACCUCUUGGCUACUACUAAGUCUAACUCUAACCAACAAAGCAAAGCAUUCUUUAGUCGAAGGUCGUAUGAUUAAAUUGUUGCGCAAAACUGGUACGCAGUUACCAUGGAUAAUCAACACAUCUCCUCGCUUCAAUGGCAUCCUUCUAAAAGAGCAAACAUUUACAUCACAAGCUACUCAACACAACCAAGAUUAUUACUGCACAAAUUACGCAACUUUUACACCCUUUUUCUCACUUGGGGAGUUCAAUUCCUACGCAUAUGGAAGUGCAAUUCAACAAUGCGUGCAAAAUCACGACAUUAUCAAAGGCAAAGCCUUUCAUUGUCAAGUUCUCAAGAAAGGUAAUUGUCUGGACCUUUUUGGCAGCAAUGUUAUGCUCAAUUUAUACGUGAAAUCUGACCUACUUCAUGAUGCAUGUAAACUGUUUGAUGAAAUGCCUAAGAGAAAUACUAUUUCAUUUGUAACUUUAAUUCAGGGACUAAGUAAAGCUGCUUGCUUUGAUGAAGCUAUGUGGUUUUUUUUGUUGCUUCAUAGGGAAGGUCAUGAAUUGAAUCCCUUUGUUUUUAGUACUAUUUUGAAGAUGUUUGUGAGUAUGGAACGCCCGGAAUUGGGUUGGAAUGUUCAUGCUUGUAUUUAUAAGGUUGGACAGGAUAGUAAUGCAUUUGUGGGUACUGCUCUUAUUGAUUCCUAUGCCAUGUGUGGUUUUGUGGAUAUUGCGAGGGAUGUCUUUGAUGGGAUUUUGUGUAAAGAUAUGAUUUCUUGGAGUGGAAUGAUGGCUGCGUAUGCUGAGAAUGGUUGUUUUGACGAGUCGUUGCGGCUUUUUUUAGAAAUGCGGAUGGUUGGUUUCAUGCCCAAUAAUUUCACUUUGGCUAGUGGAUUGAAGGCUUGUAUUGGUUUGGGGGGAGUGUGUGUUGCCAAGACUUUACAUGGGUGUGCUUUAAAGACUGGUUAUGAGAAGGACAACUAUGUGGGUAUUGCUCUUCUUGACUUGUAUACUAAAUUUGGAGACAUUUGUGAAGCGGAGCUAGUAUUUAAGGAUAUGCCAAUAAAGGAUGUUAUCCCGUGGAGUUUUAUGAUUGCACGCUGUGCACAGACUGACCAGAGCGGUUUGGCUAUGGAUAUAUUCCAUCAAAUGAGGCAAGCUUCUGUCAUGCCUAACGAGUUUACUUUAGCUAGUAUGUUGCAGGCUUGUGCGAGUAUGACCAGUCUGAAUAUGGGGAAGCAGAUGCACUGCAUUGUCUUAAAGGUCGGCCUUGAUUCUAAUGUAUUUGUGUCUAAUGCCCUUAUGGAUGUUUAUGCAAAGUGUGGAAGGACAGAGGAUUCACUGGUAUUGUUCGACGCCGCAGCAAACGUGAAUGAUGUCUCUUGGAACACUAUGAUUGUUGGCUAUGGCCAAUUAGGGGAUGGCGAGAAAGCUUUGAUGAUGUUUCGGUGUAUGCUUGAGCACAACGUGCUACCAACUGAGGUAACAUAUUCUAGUGCACUUUGUGCUUGUGCUGGCUUAGCAGCAGCUGAUCCUGGGAUGCAGAUCCAUGCCUUCACUGUUAAAACGAAAUUUGACAAAGAUAGUGUGGUAGGUAAUUCUUUGAUAGAUAUGUACGCCAAGUGUGGAAACAUUAAGCCUGCUCGUUUAGUUUUUGACAUGAUGAUUACACGAGAUGAAGUUUCAUGGAAUGCUAUCAUUUCAGCAUAUGCCAUGAAUGGCUUUGGAAAGGAGGCACUAAUAAUGUUCGAGAGGAUGCAGGGAACAAACUGUAAGCCAAGCAAGCUAACUUUUGUUAGUGUUUUAUCAGCCUGCAGUAACAUGGGACUAUUAGAUGAAGGACGAGCUCAUUUCACCUCUAUGAUCGAGAACUAUGGCGUAGAACCAUGCAUAGAGCAUUAUACAUGUAUGGUGUGGCUUUUCGGGAGAUCAGGCAAUCUUGAUAAGGCUAUGAAAUUGAUUACGGAAAUGCCAUUUGAACCUAGUGUAAUGGUCUGGCGUGCUGUUCUUGGAGCUUGUGUCAUACACAAGAAUGUUGAGUUGGGGAAAGUGGCAGCUGAACAUGUGCUUGAACUGGAGCCACAGGACGAGUCAGCUUAUGUGCUACUAUCUAAUAUCUAUGCCUCUGUAAAGAGAUGGGGACAUGUAGCUCAUGUCAGGAACAGCAUGAAAAUGAAAGGAGUGAAGAAAGAACCAGGGUUAAGCUGGGUGGAGAUACAGGGUGAAGCACAUUAUUUCACUGUUGGUGAUACAUCACAUCCUGAUAUAAGACUAAUCAAGGGGAUUCUUGAAUGGCUAAAGAUGAGAAUUAUAAGAGAAGGAUACAUUGCUAAUUGCAAUGUUGUUAUGCUUGAUGUAGAAGAUGAAGAAAAAGAGCGCCUCGUGUGGUCACAUAGUGAAAGACUAGCUUUGGCAUUUGCAUUAGUUAGAACACCUGUGGGUAGUCCAGUUCGUAUACUAAAGAAUCUUCGAAUAUGUGCAGAUUGUCAUGUGGCAGUUAAGCUCAUAUCAAAGGUUGUUCAUCGAGAAAUUGUCGUCCGGGAUAUAAAUCGGUUCCACCACUUUGCGGACGGUGUUUGCUCCUGUGGUGAUUAUUGGUGAAAUCUCACAGUGCAAUACGAAACACAAGUUGCGGAUAUUCUUGUUUCGUCUAUUUGACUGGUUCCACAAUUUAAAAUGUUCCAUAACGUUGUUCUUUCAUGGAAGAUGGUUAUGUACUAGGUCGAUGUGGAGUCACCACGAGCUGAUUUUAGAUACUUGUGAAAGUACCUAGUCUCUAACGUGAUACGGCAGGAGUGUGAUUCUCGUUGAAGAUGAGUCCAGUAUAUUUCAUCCUAUGGGACUAAAGAGGCCGUUUCGGGACUUCUGUCUUCUAUUCAUGGAUGGGGCUAUGUACAUUGAAAUCACUAUGCUAGUCGUUCCUUGACAGGAUACAAACUGGGUGUAUUAUCAUUGAUGGAGAUAGAAGAUUCUAAUCUAAAUUAAAGAUUCCUGUGGAUGAUUAACACACUGCAAUAUUCCUUUUUGUUUUCGACAUUGGAUGUUCUAUAUGCAAUUUAGAUGAUGCGGGAGUGCUAUUCAUGCUGAAGCUGAGUUCAGCAUCUUUCAUCUCCUGGGAACGAAGGUGUUAAGGCAUCAUUUUUUAGCAUUUCUUUUCAAAUCCUUGAUAUUCUAUUCAGCUCCUAAGCAACGUGUCUUUUGACUCAAGCUGUGCGGGCUACUUGCUUUUCUCCAUAAAGUGAGUAGUACUACAGGUGAUUUUGCAUGGAGUCUUGGAGAAUGGAAAUGAUACCUGUCAUUGGAAUCUUUUCACGAAGGAUAUGGAUAUAAUUUGAGUUAUCUGAUUGUUCAUCGACACGCUGAAACUGAGUGCAGAGUUGCAUCGAUUACUCUAGGUUUAAGACAAACUUGGAGUCAUUUAUGUUCUUUUUUUUUUGACAGCUUCCUCAAAUACGUAGGUGAAACUUUUGCAUCAGCUGCAACACUAACAUGCAGAUAAAGGUGUAAUAUUUUUGGAGAUAUAGUUUCAACAUGCAUUAGUAGGUGUUGGAGAGGGACAUCAACCUGCCAUAUAUUGGUAGCAAAGUAAAGUUAAGGUGGUGGUGGAUAGGUAGGCUGUAGGCAAGUAGCUGUUUAAGUUUUCAUUACUUUCAUUUACUUCCCUGUCUUCAGUUGCCUGUAAAUAAUUUUGCAUUUUACUAAGUGUUCAUGCUUCCAAUCGAAAUUUAACUAUAACAUAAACUUUAUAAUGUCUAUACGUAUUUAAAUACGUAUUUUCUGGUGCAAUGAUAUUAGUGUUGGAAUUUCUGCAAA